AUGCGUCUAACAAAGUUAUGUCAAACCUUCAAACGCAAUAAAUUGGCUCAUAACAAGGCAUCAAACGAGAUAUACAUUUAUACUCCAUUACCCAUUCAUAAAAACGGUUACAUAAUCGAAUUUCGUCAUUCUCGUUUCUCAGAAGUAUACUACUACAAAUAUAAAGAAAAUGGCGACGGUACUUUAACAAAGUACGGAUAUUUGAUUUGUGAUAAUUAUCCUCACGUAAAUAGUAGUAAGUUUGGUAAAAAUCAUAAUGAUAAGAGCAGGGCGAUUGAUUAUAAAAUGUCAUUUCAUAGUAACGAUAAAGAAUGCAUAUUUUAUCAAACCGUCGCCGAUAAAGUACAAAUCGCUCUAGAAAAACGUUGGAUGAAUGAAUUAAGGCAGAAAGAAAGAGUAGAAGUUUCCGCCACUAAUGAUGAGAAUGACUUGUUCAAUAAUGAAUGGUCUGAUUUAAUGCAACAUAAUAACAAUUUGUUUAUCUCCGAUAAUAUACAACGUAGAAGGUUGGCUGAAAUAUUGGAUAAAUCGGAUCAAAUUAUUCCUCAAAAUAUUCCUCGAAAUUUACCCAAAUUGUUUACUCAAAAUCUACCUUUGAUAGAUAAUCAAUUAUCUGAUAAUCCUUCUAAUCCUUUAAAUAAUAAUUAUAACUGUGAAAUUUUCACUCCGCCGCUUUCCCCUAAAACCCCCCCUUCUUCUCCGACUGAAAAUUAUAAACAUUUUUCUCCAAAGAGUUUGCUGAAUAUGAAUAUAAGGCAGCGUGAUAGAGAUAGAGACCAAAAUAAAGAAAAGGCUAGAAAAUUGGUUCAUUUAACUCAUCCUAAAUUCAGUAGGCAAGCUCCUUCCGUACAUGUUUAUGAUCCUGAGGAUAAUUUAAUUUAUAAAGGUUGUCGAUGUGAAUAUUGUAUGACUGGUGAUUAUAAUGAAUAG